GUUUCACAUCUGUGAAAAGGCUCAAUGCUGCGCGAGUUCACUAAGGUCACGAUCGGCAAGGUCGAACAUGCAAAUGUGGACAAGGAGUCCGGGGGGACUGUGCCCAAGCGAGCGAACUGUCCACCUGGAGACCACGUGCGGUGCAUCGAAGUGACCUUCAAGGCGCCACCGGCGAACUUCUCUCAUGUGACGUUCCAAAACUAUUACGCGGCGACGCUUCGAAUCGAUCAAGUCGUGCAAGGGAAGUGUGUGACGAUUCUGAACCGAUUCCCAUUGAUGCAAGACGCACACCACGAAGGAGACGCACAGAACUGGCACAUUAUCAAGCGCGACGAGUUUGGGGCAAUGCUCGAUGUAGCCAGGGCCGAACGCUUCAUCUUCUAUCUCCUCCAGCCAUCUCCGCUCUGGGACAAGUGGGAACUUCGGUCGAUCAAAUUUUUCGACUCGACCGAAGCACCAACGAUCGCCCCAAAGGCUCCUGCAUCUGCCGUUGAAAGCUCGUCGAUGCACUUGUACCGCAAGUACACUGUGAACACAUCUGGCGUUGCAUUAGAUUCCAAGGACGUUAGUGGCCACGCCACGCGGUUCAUUGAUCUGUUGGCGAUGCUCCAGGCAAAGUUGGCCAAAGACGUCAAAUAAUAUUUGAGAGGUUUUGUAACUUGUCAAAACUAAUCGUAUCCGUUCAUUUUGGCCGCUUUGAGCAACAGAAUCUCCUUGCGCCGCUGGUCGUAUCGGUCCGUGGGCAGGCUCUCACACACCACCGUCGAGCAUAUGUCGUUGGCCGCCAUCUCCACCACCACUUCGUAGCCGAGGCGGGUCACUAGCGUCGGCACGGCCUUGUCCUGGGUGUCGCGGUGGCCCAGCUGACCGGCACUGCCGCGUCCCCACGUGAACACGCGGCCGCUUGUCGUUCGCGCCAUCGAGUGCGCCGAUCCGCAGACGACGUCGGCGAUGUCGCGGCCGCACAGCGCUGGAACCACCACGGGCAGUGUCGCACACUGGUACGCCGUGUCCGUGCGCGCGUCGUACCCGUCCGUGAGCUGCGUCGUGCAUCCAAGGCGACCAUUGGCCGCACACCCCCACGCAUAAAACUGACCUACAUAUCACAGUUGUUGUGAUCCAAAACGUGUCACAGAAGCUUGUUUUCUUGAGCGACGUGAUGGACAUUUGAAAAUAGCGAGAUAAAUAUUUUGUACCUCGAUCUUUCACAUGGAA